AUGGGUCUUGUAAUCCCAUAUAAUGAUCCAGCAUUAGCUCAUGUUGGUCUUAAACCAGUUGUAUAUAUUAUGAAUGCAGUUAUAUUAACAACAAUACUAUCAGCUAGAAAUUCAAGUCUUUAUAUUUGUACACCCGUCGUAGCAUCAAUAUUAUUUGGUUUAUCAUUUAUUGGUAAUCAAAUAAUUUAUCGAUGGUUAGUUAAUACAACAGGUAUUAUAGGCUUUAUAGCUUGA